UACUGGUAAGUUAUCCAGAAUCAAAAAUAUUAUUAUAAUGAAAUUUAAGACAAAUCACAAUAUUAAUCACAAAUUAUCAGUAAUAAUGUGGUUUUAUUUGAUUUGGAGUUAUAUAUAUUGGUAUUUGAGGAAAGCAAUUAAAUGGUUCUUACGCAAAACUACUAAAUUUUGUGAACUUCAACGCAUAUGUUACUUGCAACCUGUUGGUAUGAGUAGAACUAGUAAAGUUGAAAUUUGUUUACGCAAUAGUAGUCGGCCUCAGAUCCGUGGAUUAUUGACUGUUUUGGAUGCUCGAGCUAUGGAUAAAAAUUUUUAUUCUGGUAGACUAAUUCUAGUACCAAAUGCAGUGUCUACAAUAGCACGUGUGAAAAGAAUUGACCAAUGUGAAUAUGAAAGAUUUUCUAGUUCUUUAGGACAAUGCGUUGAUAAUAUAUGGUCAUAUAUACAAUUAAUCGAAGAAAUUAAAGCAACAGCAGCCAUUAAAUAUGAUUGUUGUAAUGAUGUUCAUGAGAAAUCAUUAUUCCUAUUGUGGGAUGAAUUGAAACCAGAUGACCAAUUAGAAAAUAGAGUAACCAAGCAAUGGCAAGAUAUUGGUUUUCAAGGAGAUGAUCCUAAAACAGAUUUUCGUGGAAUGGGAAUAUUAGGUCUAGAUAACUUAGUUUACUUUGCAUCAAAAUACACUUAUUUAGCUAGAAUAGCUUUAUCCCACUCUAUGCAUCCAAUUCAUGGCUAUGCAUUUGCCAUUGUGGGUAUCAACUUAACUAAUAUGGCUUUAGAGUUGGUUGUUGAUGGUUCAGCAAAAACUCAUUUUUAUAAUAAACGUAAUGCUCCAGAAUAUGAAGACUUCAAUGAGUUCUACUGUUAUUUAUUUUGGGAGUUUGACAAAUUUUGGCUUAACGCAAAGCCUAAGGAUCUUAUGGAGUUCACUAUUCAUCGAGAGAACUUUGAGAAAGUUAUCAGAAAGAGGUUGAACAAGUAUGAUACAAUUUUUCAAAUUGAUGUUCCUACUAAUGAAACGACUGAAAAUUAAAUAAUUAGAAAUAUAUUUGACCUCAUAGCAAAUUGUAUUCAAAUUAUUUAUAAAUAAUAUUUAGUAUAAAUACCCUUGUUUCUAUUGUAAUUUCUAACUUGUUCAAAAAAAAGAUAUGAUUUAGUUAAGUAACUGAAAAGUUAAUAACAAAAAUCUGUAAGAUUUAGGUUGAUGAAAAAUAAUUUAUAUUUUAUAU